UUUCAACCAAUAUAUGAGUGAAACAUGAAAACGUACAUAUUGUGUCAGUCUCGAUUAUCUACAGGUAUCUUGAGUUGGGAACAUGCAGCCUAUCAGCUACCAGCGCAGAUCUUCAAUCGUUAAACCACAGCCACCCCCAGACGCGUGACGCGUGAUCGCUGCCGUCCAUCCGCGACGCUCCUGAAUCGCUAUUGUAACCAGCAGGUGCAACACGUCCCUCAGACUCACCGGUGCUGAAGCUGCGCGCAUCGCGAAGAUUCCAGCAUCCCUAGUCCUUUCACAGCGACAGUAUGGAUCACGAAGUCUUUUACCGCCUGAUGAAACUUCUCUUCGUUUUGUUUUUUCACCUUAUUCAUCACGCUUGCAUCUUAACGUGAUCAUCUCGCGAUUUAAUAAUCUUGGGAAUUGGUAACCUGAAUUAUCAUCUCGGUUUUUGGUAGUUAUGCUUGUCAAUUUGACUCGCGCAACUGCGCUCAAUAAACCGACGCCUUUAUUUAGUUGCACUUCAGCAUCACCAAAAAGCGCAGAGAGAUUUCUGGAGUGAAUCAUCUUCUUAACACUCAACUGGAGCAGAACCAGUGUCAUGGGGCCCUUACUCUGGGAAGGGCGCCUGUCAUGUUUUCUUCUCCAUGCUUCUGUUCUCCUGCUGCUCAGCAAGGGGGAGCGGAUGUGCCCUGUGAGUUGCCGCUGCGAAGGCAAGAUUAUUUACUGCGAGUCUGGCGCCUUUCAAGAAGUCCCGGAGAACAUCUCUCUAGGGUGCCAGGGUCUGUCCCUGCGGUACAACAGCCUCCUGUUGUUGCUACCUUACCAGUUUGCUCACCUCAACCAGCUGGUCUGGCUCUACCUGGACCACAAUUCCAUCAGUGUAGUGGAUAGACUGGCUUUCCAGGGACUUCGUAGGCUAAAGGAACUAAUCUUAAGCUCUAACAAGAUCGUGCAGUUGCAAAACGGCACCUUUGAGACUGUCCCAAAUCUUCGCAACCUUGACCUGUCCUACAACCAGCUGCAGGACUUGAUGCCGGGGCAUUUUCAUGGACUACGCAAGCUUCAGAAUCUUCACCUGCGAUCAAACAACAUCAAAACCAUCCCUGUCCGUACUUUUAUGGAAUGUCGAAGCCUGGAGUUUCUAGAUUUGGGUUACAAUCGCCUACGGACUAUAACUCGUACGACCUUUCUGGGACUGCUCAGGCUGACAGAACUUCACCUUGAGCACAAUCAAUUUUCCAGGAUUAACUUUUUCCUAUUUCCACGCCUUUUAAAUCUGCAGGCGCUUUAUCUGCAGUGGAAUCGCAUACGGACGGUUGUCCAAGGCUUGCCUUGGACUUGGCACACUUUACAGAAAUUGGAUCUAUCAGGCAAUGAAAUUCAAGUUUUGGAUCCUGCUAUUUUUAGGUGUCUGCCCAACUUGCAUAUGCUCAGUCUGGAGUCUAACAAGAUCAGCAACGUGUCCCAGGAAGUUGUUUCAUCAUGGAUCUCCAUUAGCACUAUCAACCUGGCAGGAAAUAUAUGGGACUGUAGCUCUAGUAUUUGCCCCCUGGUGUCUUGGCUGAGAAACUUCAGGGGAACUAGAGAUGCCAGCAUUAUUUGCAGCACUCCCAAAUCCCUUCAGGGGGAAAGAGUCAUGGAUGCAGUGAGGAACAACUCAGUGUGUGAGGAGAUAUUCACUGUGGAACCGACCACGGAAUUAACUCUUCUUCUGACUACUACUAUGACAACUCUUUACGUAACAAAGCCAACCACAACCGCCACUACAACCCCACGCACCACAACUAGACAGCUUUCUCAAGUAACCCAUGUACAAAGACUCACCCCAAAGGUUUUAUUUCCUGUUCAGUCCAACAAUGAAUUCCUACCACCCCUAACAGUAACACCUAGCAGCAUACCCUUCACCCCCGAACCCGAGUUUGAGCAUAUGACCUUCCAUAAGAUCAUCGCCGGCAGCGUGGCCCUAUUUCUCUCCGUGUCUUUAAUCCUAUUAGUGAUUUACGUGUCGUGGCGACGAUACCCUAACAGCAUGAGGCAACUCCAGCAGCACUCCACUCGACGCAAGCGCAGGAAAAAGACUCGAGAGCCUGAGCACAACAUCAACUCUCAACUGCAAGAGUAUUAUCUAAGCUACAACCAUGCCAAUGCCGAGACCAUGGACUCUUUGGUUAAUGGGGCGUGCACCUGCACCAUCUCGGGCUCCAGAGAGUGCGAGGUAUGACCUACCGCUAAAAAAAAAAGGAUUUCUCUGCACCAGGGAGUCAGAGAAUGCAUACAUGUAUCCCAGACCACUACCAGGGGCCUGGAUGGGAGACAUAUCUACAAUUCACUGAGGGGCCCGUGAGAAAAUGCACCACUGCCCAUUAUAAUUUGCAGCGGCUCAGAUAAAGCCUUUCCUGGAUUUUGCUUCAGCACUGAGAAUUUUCCUACACAAAAGGAGAAAGAAUUAGGCUGAAUGGACAGCACACAUACUCAACCCUUCAUUUUGGACUCUAUUAAAAGUGGAGCAAGCAGAUACAGCAUCAAUUUGACACCCUAUCUUCAAGUCGAACUGGUUUGGUAGUCGCUUCGAUCUACAAUAAACAUCCCCCACGACGGGGCUUGCAAAUCUCUCCGUAAUGAACCAGCAAAAUGUUUCUCGAUGCUGCCAUUGUUGCUGUAUUAUAGCUACUAUAAGGAAUCAACGUCUACCAUCCGAAUCCCCGUCCUGUUCAUCCCUUUGUGUUGUGUAGUGAUGUGACAAACUAUUCAUGCUGAAACAUCAGAAAUGUCUCUAGUGAUCAGUGGACGGUAAUUGCUCAAUUGAGCACAACCCACGAGGAGGUUUCUGAGGACUACAUAACAACAGAAGAUAUUUUUGACUGCUGUGAAAACAUCAAGAAGAAAAGCCUGUUUGCAAGGACUGUAACGUCACCAUGAGUUCCCACUGUGAUUUGAUUUCAACCCUGCCUGAACUUGGACACACCAUGGUAGAGUUGAAUUGUGGGUAUUGUAUGUGUGUUGUGAAUGUGUUUUUUGUUCUCUGUUUAAAGCUGGAAUUUCCACUUUCCCUGGAUUUUUUAGGAGUCCUUUCUCUUUGUUCACAAUUUUUGUAUGAGCAACAAAUUAUCCGAAUGUGAUGAAUCAAAGGGAGAUCGGCUUUUAAAACACUUCAUGUUUUUGAAACACUUGCAACUGGAUGCCUUUUUGUCGCUCGACAUCUGAUCUUCACACUGACGGGACAUUUUCUCUCAAUACCAUCAUUAUUUUGUGCUGGCAGGGCAUAAAGCGGUUCUCAACUAUUAGGUUGUCUGUUCUGAUCAUGCUCAUAGACAAAUAAUAAAACGCAGCUAACCAUAUAAUCAUUCACAGUUGAGUGCAAAAUAAAUGCUUUUGUUUUUGCCAUCAAAGAUGUGUGCAAUCCAGCUCCAAAUCCAACAGUAUUUUGGCACAAAUUCAUACACUAGACAGAAUGAGAAGCCAAAAAUGGAGUGUCUGCAUGAUAUAAUCCUCAAAAACCAUGAACAAACUACUAAACGUGAGGAAAAUAUGACCCACAGGGUUUGUGUUGACCACAGUGUGCUUUAUAUGGUGAAUUAUUGGCUGUUGAGGGCAUCAUACUUUAAAAAAGAAAAUUGGUUAGCAUUUGUCAAGUUAAUAAUUUAACAAAUUGUUGGGGCUUAGCAUUUCUUGGAAAUAUUACAACAUUGUAAUGUUUGAAUUUAAGGACAUUUUUUACUUAAACAAUUUGGGUAUCAUAUUGGGUCACCACUUAAACUUCCAAUAUAAAAACUGGGUCCUAUUGAGAACCACUGACUUAAAACCAUUAUACAUUCAUCUCAUCAGUAUUUUCUAUAUCUGCAUUAUGAUUUACAGUACACUACCGUUCAAAUGUUUUGGAUCAGGUUUUUUUUUUCAGCAUAUUAGAAUGAUUUCUGAAAUAUACUGAUGCAGAAAAUUCAGCUUUA